GUUGUAUUAGGGAGUGUGUUUGUUUAGGGCUUAGGCUGGUUUACUAGAGAAAUCGUGUGGCGUUGUCUGACUCUGAAAGCAUGCAGAUAUUAUUUUGAGCAUCUCGUGAAUAAAUCGUCUGUAUUUAGCUUGAGCCUAAGACAUGGAUGUCUCGGGAUAUUUUACAGCCUGGAUUUUGCUCUUCCUGUGUUUAUGGGAAACAUCGCUGUGUCAGAUUGUCUAUUCCGUCUCGGAGGAGGCAAACAAGGGAACGGUUGUUGGAAAUAUCGCCAAAGACCUGAAAAUCAGCGUUCAUGAGCUCGAGUCGCGUAUGUUUCAGAUUGUAUCUGGAUCUAAUAACAAGAAGCAUUUCGACGUGAAUUUAAAAACAGGUGCACUGUUUGUGAACGAUAGGAUUGACCGUGAGGAGUUUUGUGAGCGCAGUCAAAGAUGCGUUUUAAACGUAGAGGCUCUCGCUCAAAAUCCGCAUAGCCUUCAUCGGAUUGAAAUAAAUAUUUUGGAUAUUAACGAUAAUGCUCCGAAAUUUCUGGAUAGCACUUUCACAAUGAGCAUAGCUGAAGAUGCAAGUUCCGGUGACAGAUUCCAUCUCCCUGUGGCCGAGGAUGCUGAUGUUGGAAGUAAUUCGCUAAAAAUCUAUAAAUUAAGUACAAAUGAAUAUUUUUCUGUUGAUGUUCAGGGUGGUGAGCAGAGUCUAUCUGCUGAGUUAGUUUUACAGAAGGCUUUAGAUAGAGAGAAACAAACCACCAUCAGUCUAGUGCUGACUGCUCUUGAUGGGGGAAAACCUCCAAAGUCAGGGGAAUUGCAUAUUACUAUCAAUGUUAUAGAUGUGAAUGAUAACAAGCCUGUGUUUAGUAAACCGCUCUAUAAAGUAAGUAUUAAAGAAAAUGCUUCUAUAGGCACUAAAAUCAUGUCUCUUACGGCCACCGAUUUGGAUGAAGGCACAAACAGUGAAAUUAUUUAUUCAUUUAUUGGACGUGGAAAUGUCAAAACAGAUGGUUUAUUCACAGUCCUUCCUGAGACUGGAGAUAUUAUAGUCAAAGGCCAAAUUGAUUAUGAAGAAACUCCUGCUAUUGAAUUAAGAGUUCAAGCUAGAGACAAAGGAAGCCCUCCUAAAACUGCUCUAUGCAAAGUUUUAGUGGAAGUUUUGGAUGAGAAUGACAAUGCUCCAGAAAUACGAAUAACUCCACUGCUGGACAGUGUAAAAGAAGACACAAAACCUGGAGCUGCUGUUGCUUUAGUUACAGUGUCUGAUAUCGAUGGAGGAAAGAAUGGAAUUGUACAUUCUUCUAUUAAAGGCUUGUUUCCAUUCAAACUGCAAUCAUCAUACGGCAACCAUUACUCGCUAGUAGUAGAUGGACCACUGGACAGAGAGAGUAUUUCUGAGUAUAGCAUUAGUAUAUUGGCUAGAGAUGAAGGCACUCCAGCACUUUCCAGCAGCAGCAUAUUUACUGUACAGAUAAGUGAUGUUAAUGAUAAUGCACCACAGUUUUCCAUGUCCACAAUUGAUGCUUAUAUAAAGGAAAAUAAUCAGAUUGGUAGUCAAAUUACCAAAGUCGUGGCACAUGAUCCAGAUUUUGGAGUAAAUGCUGCACUUUCAUACUCACUGUUAGAGAAUAGCAAUGCGGACAUUCCCAUAUCAACAAUGUUUCACUUGAAUUCCUUAAAUGGAGAAAUAGUGACAAUGCAGACAUUUAACCAUGAGAACGUGAAAAGAGUUCAAUUUCAAGUUCAAGCCACUGACUCUGGAAGUCCACCUCUGAGCUGUAACGUGACUGUGAACGUUUUUAUCCUGGACGAGAAUGACAACAGUCCAGUUUUUCUCCCUCCUUAUUCUGAGCCCGGAUCAGUAAACAGUGAGAACAUUCCCUACUCUGCUGAAGCGGGGUAUUUUGUGGCUAAAGUCAGAGCUGUAGACGCUGAUUCAGGUUAUAAUGCACUAUUAUCAUAUCACAUAACCGAAUCAAAGGGAACGAAUCUCUUCCGAAUCGGAACCAGCACCGGAGAAAUAAGGACUAAAAGACGAAUGAGUGACAACGACUUAAAAGCUCACCCGCUUAUCAUUACUGUCUCGGAUAACGGAGAACCUUCACUGUCCACAACUAUGAGUAUUGAAGUUGUGGUUGUGGAAAAUAUGGACAGUCUGCAGCCUUCACUAAGACAAGUGCCAGUAAAGGAGGAGAAUUUUUCUAAUCUGAAUCUUUAUCUGCUCAUCGCUAUUGUCUCAGUGUCCGUGAUAUUUUUACUGAGCCUCAUCGUUUUAAUAGCAGCUAAAUGCUACGGGACAGACGGCGGUUUCAUCAGGUCCAGCGCUCCUGUGAUCACUACACACCCUGACGGGAGCUGGUCUUACUCUAAAUCUACUCAGCAGUAUGAUGUGUGUUUUAGUUCAGACACACUGAAGAGUGACGUAGUAGUUUUCCCCUCGCCGUUUCCGCCAGCAGACGCAGAGCUGAUCAGCAUUAAUGAAGGAGACACUUUUAACAGAACACAAACUCUUCCAAGUUUCACAAAGAUUUUGGCUUAUUUCAUUUUGGAAGCGAUGGUUAUCAAAGUCGUUGGAUCGUCUGCCUGGAUCAGGGCGCUGGCGCUGCUGCUGUUUUGUUUAUCGAGUUUGUCUCGUGGGCAGAUUUCAUACUCCAUCUCUGAAGAGGUAAAAAAGGGAACAUUGGUUGGAAAUAUAGCCAAGGACCUUAACGCUGAUGUUACUGAACUGCAAUCUCGUAUGAUUCAAGUUGUUGCUGGAUCUAAUAAGAGGUAUUUUGACAUAAAUUCCAAAACCGGUGCUCUAAUUGUUAACGACAGAAUCGACAGAGAGACGCUGUGCAAGGGUAAGCAGAAAUGUUCCUUAAAUAUCGAAGCAAUGGCACAUAACCCUUUGACUCUGUACCGCAUCGAGGUUAAUAUUCUAGACGUUAACGACAAUUCGCCAGUUUUUCCAGUUCAGACACUGCAGUUGAAUAUUACUGAAAAUGUUCUUGCUGGAGACAGAUUUUCUCUACAUUUGGCUGAUGAUAUGGAUGUAGGCGUGAACACGGUGAAGAGCUACAAGCUCAGUCCGAAUGAAUAUUUUUCACUGGAUGCACAGGACACGGGAGAAAGUGUUUCAGCAGAACUAGUGCUGCAGAAAGCUUUAGACCGCGAGAAACAGUCCAUGAUAAAGCUAACCCUGACCGCUGUGGACGGUGGGAAACCACCCAGAUCUGGCACGUCAGAGAUAAUAGUUCACGUACUGGACAUUAAUGAUAACAACCCAGUGUUUAGUAAACCUCUCUAUAAAGUUAAAGUCCACGAGAAUGCACCCGUUGGUAGUAAAAUCCUGACGGUCUCCGCUACGGAUUCUGAUGAAGGCGUUAACGGUGACGUAGUGUAUUCUUUUGUAGGCCGUGACAGAAACACUUUAAUAAAUUUAUUCUCUAUAAAUCCGAAUUCAGGCGAUAUUACAGUAAGCGGCAAUAUUGAUUACGAGGAAAAUCCUGCAAUUGAAUUGAGAGUACAAGCUCAAGACAAAGGCCACUCUCCAAGACAUACUAACUGUAAAGUUUUAAUAGAAGUAAUAGAUGUGAAUGACAAUGCACCUGAGAUUUUAGUUACUCUGCUCAUGAGAUCGGUACCUGAAAACAUCAAACCUGGCACAGGUUUUGCAUUAAUUACAGCUGCAGAUAAAGACGGAGGGGCGAAUGGGAAAGUGGACUGUAAAAUAACGGAAGCGAGUCCUUUUAAACUGCAAUCGUCAUAUAAAAACUCGUAUUCGGUUGUAGUUAAUGAGCCACUGGAUAGAGAAGAAAUUUCCGAAUAUAACAUCACGAUUCUUGCUAAUGACGAGGGCACGCCAACGCUGUCUAGCACUACUGUUUUAAAUAUUCACGUCUCGGAUGUGAACGACAAUGCUCCACUCUUUCCGGCACCGAUAAUAAACAUUAACGUGCAUGAGAAUAGUCCAGCCGGAGGCUUGAUAUCUACUCUGACAGCGCAUGAUAGAGAUGAAAAGGAAAACGCGCACAUUUCUUAUUCUUUAAUUAAUGCAGAAACUGCUAUUGUAUCGGUAUCAACAUUGAUGAACAUAAACUCACACACUGGUGAUCUCUACAGCUUGCAGUCACUUAAUCAUGAAGAAAUAAAAUACAUUCAGUUUAAAGUUCAAGCCACUGACUCUGGUGUUCCUCCUCUAAGCAGUAACGUGACUGUUAACGUUUUUAUCCUGGAUGAGAAUGACAACAGUCCAGUUUUUCUUCCUCCUUAUUCUGAACCCGGAUCAGUAAACAGUGAGAACAUUCCCUACUCUGCUGAAGCGGGGUAUAUUGUGGCUAAAGUCAGAGCUGUAGACGCUGAUUCUGGUUAUAAUGCACUAUUAUCAUAUCACAUAACCGAACCAAAGGGAACAAAUCUCUUCCGAAUCGGAACCAGCACCGGAGAAAUAAGGACUAAAAGACGAAUGAGUGACAACGACUUAAAAGUUCACCCUCUUAUCAUUACUGUGUCGGAUAACGGAGAACCUUCACUGUCCACAACUAUGAGUAUUGAAGUCGUGGUUGUGGAAAAUAUGGACAGUUUGCAGCCUUCACUAAGACAAGUGCCAGUAAAGGAGGAGAAUUUUUCUAAACUGAAUCUCUAUCUGCUCAUCGCUAUUGUCUCAGUGUCCGUGAUAUUUUUACUGAGUCUCAUCGCUUUAAUAGCAGCUAAAUGCUACGGGACAAACGGCGGUUUCAGCAGGUCCAGCGCUCCUGUGAUCACUACACACCCUGACGGGGGCUGGUCUUACUCUAAAUCUACUCAGCAGUAUGAUGUGUGUUUUAGUUCAGACACACUGAAGAGUGACGUAGUAGUUUUCCCCUCGCCAUUUCCACCUGCAGACGCAGAGCUGAUCAGCAUUAAUGAAGGAGACACUUAUAACAGGACACAAACUCUUCCUAGCACUGGGAAGCGAGAUAUCUUCAUAUGCAAAUCUGCUUUCUGCUUUGGAAUACAAAGGAUGGCUGACCGAAGAAAUCUUUUGCAUGGGAUGCGAUUUAUUUUGUGUAUUUUGCCAUGUUUGCGUGUUGGAGUGAAUUGUCAGAUCGCUUAUUCUGUGGCCGAGGAAGUAAAUAUCGGGACUGUCGUUGGGAAUUUGGUGAAAGAUAUGAAUCUGAAUGUAGACGAGUUGGAUGCACGAGCAUUCCAGCUCGUGCCUGGGUCGAAAAGCAGGUAUUUUCACGUGAAUCUUCAAACUGGCGUUUUGUAUGUUAGGGAAAGAAUUGACCGUGAGGAGCUCUGCUUUAAUUCCCCCACUUGCUCUUUAAAUUUCGAAGCCAUAGUGAAUCACCCUCUGAGUCUGUACCGAGUCACGGUUAAUGUUGUAGACGUUAAUGAUAAUUCUCCUGUGUUUCCAGUUAAAGCUCAGAUAUUGAACAUAUCUGAGUCAGUGCAGCAGGGAGCAAGAUUUUCGUUACUCAGUGCAUUAGAUGCUGAUGUUGGUUCUUUGUCAGUAAAAAGCUAUAAACUGAGUCCAAGCGAACAGUUUGCGUUGGAGGUUAACACUGGAGGAGAGCAUGUCAUGUCUGCUGAACUUAUCCUCCGCAAAGCUUUAGACAGAGAGAAAGAACCUGUAAUAAAACUCGUUUUGACAGCGUUUGACGGAGGGAAACCGCACAGGUCUGGAUCAAUGCAGAUUAUAGUCAACGUUUUAGACAUUAAUGACAACGCCCCUGUGUUUAACAGUCCUCUUUUCAAAGUACGCGUGAUUGAGAAUGCACCACCAGGAACUACGAUAAUAAAACUAAAUGCUACUGACCUAGAUGAAGGCCCAAACGGUGAAAUCAAAUAUCUUUUCAGCAGUCACGGUCAAGAAAGGAAUCUAGAUAAAUUCGCAAUUAAUUCCGACUCAGGCGAAAUUAUAGUCAAAGGUAUUAUUGAUUUUGAAGAAAAAGCUUUCCACGAGUUAAGAAUUGAAGCCCAUGACAAAGGCCUUUCUCCAAUGACAACUAGCUGUAAGGUACUUGUUGAAAUCAUAGAUGUUAAUGAUAACGCACCAGAAAUUAGCAUAACGCAAUUACAGACAAGUCUGAGGGAAGAUGCAAAACGUGGCACGGCUGUAGCGCUAGUGACCGUUUCAGAUAAAGACGGAGGAGCCAACGGGAAAAUGAGCUGCAAGUUGAUUGGUGAACUGCCAUUUAAACUCGAGUCGAACUAUAAAAACUAUUAUUCUGUUGUACUCGAUGGCCAGCUUGACAGAGAAAAGAUUUCUCUGUACGAUAUAACCAUUACAGCGACAGAUGAAGGAACUCCUCCUCUUUCAAGCUCCAGUGUGAUUCAUGUUCAAAUUUCAGACGUGAAUGACAAUGCACCAAGUUUUACCGAGACAAAAAUAAAUGUGUAUGUUAAAGAAAACGCGCCACCCGGAACACUUCUGUACUCAUUCUCAGCGAUCGAUCGAGAUUUGAAUGAAAACGCCGAAGUUUCCUAUUCUAUUUUAGAGAACAAAUUAGCUGGGGUGUCUGCCAUAAAUCUCAACUCGCUGACUGGCCAAAUGUAUAGUCUGCAAUCCUUUAACUACGAGGAAAAUAAGAUUUUCAGUUUUCAAGUAAAGGCCACUGACUCUGGUGUUCCUCCUCUUAACAGCACAGUCACUGUAAACGUUUUUAUCCUGGAUGAGAAUGACAACAGUCCAGUUUUUCUCCCUCCUUAUUCUGAACCCGGAUCAGUAAGCAGUGAGAACAUUCCCUACUCUGCUGAAGCGGGGUAUUUUGUGGCUAAAGUCAGAGCUGUAGACGCUGAUUCAGGUUAUAAUGCACUAUUAUCAUAUCACAUAACCGAAUCAAAGGGAACGAAUCUCUUCCGAAUCGGAACCAGCACCGGAGAAAUAAGGACUAAAAGACGAAUGAGUGACAACGACUUAAAAGCUCACCCGCUUAUCGUUACUGUCUCGGAUAACGGAGAACCUUCACUGACCACAACUAUGAGUAUUGAAGUUGUGGUUGUGGAAAAUAUGGACAGUCUGCAGCCUUCACUAAGACAAGUGCCAGCAAAGGAGGAGAAUUUUUCUAAUCUGAAUCUCUAUCUGCUCAUCGCUAUUGUCUCAGUGUCAGUGAUAUUUUUACUGAGCCUUAUCAUUUUAAUAGCAGCUAAAUGCUACGGGACAGACAGCAGUUUCAGCAGGUCCAGUGUGCCAGUGGUCACUACACACCCUGACGGGAGCUGGUCUUACUCUAAAUCCACUCAACAGUAUGAUGUGUGUUUUAGUUCAGACACACUGAAGAGUGACGUAGUGGUUUUCCCCUCGCCGUUUCCACCUGCAGACGCAGAGCUGAUCAGCAUUAAUGAAGGAGACACUUUCAACAGAAUGCAAACUCUUCCUAGCGUUGGGAAGGGGACAGAUGGAGAGCAGGUACUGUUCCAGGUUUGCGGAUUCCGGGAGCUUGCGAUGGCUGUUGCAGGGAUAUGCUGCAGCUGUGGGGGAAGAAAUGUGCCUCUUUUGUCAUGUUUGAUGCUUUUGUUCUGCUGUGGCUUUACAUUUGGUCAAAUACGCUAUUCAGUUCAAGAGGAAUCUGACAAAGGAACGGUCGUGGGUGAUAUUGCGCACGAUUUGGGUCUGGAUGUGGCAAAGCUCUCGGCUCGAAGUAUUAAGGUAACGGCCGACGGAGGAAAACGGUAUGUGGAUGUGAAUCCUAAAAACGGAAAACUGUUCGUAAAUGAACGAAUCGACAGGGAGGCUUUGUGUGACAGGACCGGUGGGUGCGUUUUAAAUUUUGAUUUGCUUCUUGAAAACCCGUCCGAGGUGCACACCAUCGAUGUGGAGGUGGUCGACGUGAAUGACAACGCGCCGCAAUUCCCUAGAGACGAGUACCAGUUGGAAAUAACGGAGUCGGCGUCGCCCACUUCACGUUUUCCCGUCGAGCACGCGCUGGAUCCAGAUUUCGGGACCAACUCGAUCCGCUUUUACCGACUCGGACCAAACGAGCAUUUUGCGCUCGAUUCCAACAAACCCUCGCCCAACAGCAAGCACGUCGAGCUCGUGCUGAAAAAGCCUCUGGACCGCGAGCAGACGCCUUAUCAUCAGUUGAUUCUGACAGCGUCUGACGGCGGCACACCAGCGUUGACAGGUACAGCAAAAAUUAAUGUGCGCGUUUUAGAUUCGAACGACAACAAUCCCGUGUUCGACAGCUCCGUGUAUAAAGUGAAACUGCUGGAAAAUUCACCGAAAGACACACUCGUUAUUAAAUUAAACGCCACGGAUCAAGAUGAGGGUACAAACGGGGAGGUGUUCUAUUCGUUCAGCAGUUACACUCCGGAAAGGGUUAGGCAAGUGUUCAGCAUGGACACCAACACUGGAGAAAUUCGAGUCCGGAGCAACGUGGACUAUGAGGAUACCAACACGUAUGAGAUGUACAUCCAGGCCAUGGACAAAGGACCGGCUGCAGUUGCGGCCCACUGCAAAGUGGUUGUAGAGGUGGUGGAUGUGAAUGAUAACGUACCAGAGAUUGUGCUCUCGUCCCUGUCAAGCCCGGUGCGUGAGGAUGCUCGUGCCGACACCGUUGUGGCCUUGAUCAGUGUAACAGACCGUGACUCUGGCCCAAAUAAGCAAGUGACGCUGGAGAUCCCACCUGGCCUUCCAUUCAAAAUCAAGUCUUUCAGGAACUAUUACACUUUAGUAACAUCUGCCUUCUUGGACCGUGAAGCCACAGCAGCCUAUAAUGUGACCCUCAGUGCCACAGAUGGUGGCACUCCUCCACUCUCCUCCAGGAAGACCAUACAGGUAGAUGUGGCAGAUGUUAAUGACAAUCCACCACGUUUUGAGCAGACCUCUUACACUGUGUAUGUUAUGGAGAACAACGCUCCCGGAUCCUCUCUUUGCACUGUCAAAGCUCUUGACUCAGAUGUGAACGAGAACGCUCGCAUCACUUACACUGUUCUGAAUGAUAACAACCACGGCAUUCCUGUCACUUCCUAUGUUUCCAUCAAGCCAGACACAGGCGUGGCUUAUGCUCUCCGCUCCUUCGAUUAUGAGUCAAUAAGAGAGUUUCACUUCCAGGUAAAAGCUCAGGAUGGGGGUAUACCACCCCUCAGCCGUGUGGCUACUGUCUAUAUCUAUGUAAUGGACCAAAAUGACCAUGCGCCGGAGAUUGUGAAUCCUCCAGCCAAUGGGACACGUUCAACAGAAACAGUGAUGAAGAACAUUGAAGCAGGUGUUCUUGUCACCAAGGUGGUAGCAUAUGAUGCGGAUGCUGGACAGAACGCUUGGCUCAUUUAUGUUUUGGAUCAGUCUAUAGAUCUUGAUCUGUUCAAACUGCAUGAGCACACGGGGGAGAUCCGUACAACACGUCGAGUCCUGGAAGACAACUCCACCUCUUUCAGUCUAAUUGUGCUGGUGAAAGACCAUGGAGAGCCCCCACUUUCCUCUACUGCCACCAUCAACAUAGCUGUCAUGGAGGUGCCACCUAAAGUCACCCCUGACCCCAAGAGGAUCAUUCGCCCCCACAGUACACCUCUCUUUUCUAACGUAACUCUUUACCUAAUUGUAGCACUCAGUGCCACAACUUUUGUAUUUCUGGUCACAGUGGUGGUGUUGGCCAUAGUGCGCUGCCAUGCCUAUUGUACCCAACCCGGCUCAUGUUCACCCUGCUGUGUGUCUCAGAAAAACACACAAGAUGGUGGGUCUGGAGGAGGGGCAGGUGGAGGGUCACAAGCCAAUAAUAAUGUGGUUCUCCGCAGAGAUCUUAAAGUCGAACCUCACUAUAUAGAGGUUCGUGGAAAUGGAUCUCUGACCAAGACCUACUGUUACAAAACCUGCUUGACUGCCACAUCAGGCAGCGACACCUUCAUGUUCUACAACACGGGCCGGCCCAUCAGUGGGACCUGGGGUUCGGAGCGUUACUUCACAAGUGGCAGUGGCUUUGUGCGCAGGCUCAGUAUGCCAGAUGCAGCAGUACAGCCCAAGGGACCGAAUGCUGACUGGCGGUACUCUGCAUCUUUGAGGGCAGGAGUGCAGAGCUCUGUUCACAUGGAGGAGGCCUCGGCCGUGAUGCAGGGAGCGCAAGGCGUGCUGGUGCAGAACUGGCCUACUGUGUCCAGUGCCGCAGAUGGAGAGGCUGAAGGACAGCUCUCUCCUCCAGUCGGAGCUGGGAUCAACAGUAAUAGCUGGAGUUUCCGUUAUGGUGCCGGACCUGGUUACGGUCCUCCGCAGGCUUUGAAGCCAGGCGACAUCCCUCCUGAAGCUUUCAUCAUUCCUGGCUCACCUGCGAUCAUCUCCAUCCGGCAAGAUCCAGGAGCCAUGGAUGACAAGGGGGACUUUAUUAGCUUUGGCAAGAAAGAGGAUCCCAAGAAGAAGAAAAAGAAGAAGAAGGAGAAAAAAGACAAAAAGGAUAAGGGCAAAGAUGAUGGCGAAGAGUUUGCUUCAUUCAUCAGCGCGGUCGUUGUGGCAGACAUUCGUUAUUCUGUACCUGAGGAAUCAAAGACAAAAUACAUAAUCGGAAGCUUGAGCAAAGAUCUUAAUCUGGACUUUAAAGGUUUAAGAUCACGGAAGGCGAGAUUAGAUUACCAAGAGCUUCACAACGUGAUUUUAGAGAUACAAGACGCCAACGACAACACGCCCGUCUUCCCAAAGGACUCGAUCAAGCUUGAGAUAAGCGAGACUGCACCGAUUGGAAGCAAAUUUCAAAUCGCUAGAGCCAGAGACUUGGAUGUAGGAAUAAAUUCAGUGCAAAAUUAUAUCAUCAGUCAAAACGUGCAUUUCGACAUUGAUGCAAGAUCGAGUAAAGACAGGGCUCAGUUAUUUGAAAAUGCAGCUCCUGGGACGUCCGUUAUUAAAAUUUUGGCGAUAGACAGGGACGAAGGAGUGAACGGUCAGUUAACGUAUUAUAUUAACCACCUCUCGGAGAGUACAAACAAUCUAUUUCAGAUUGACGAAAAAAAUGGGGAACUUUUGGUUACAGGAAAAUUGGACCAUGAAAUCGCCUCGUCGUAUGAGAUAGAAAUCCAGGCAGAAGAUGGCGGUGGACAAACAGGCCACUGCAAGGUCGUAAUUGAAAUACUGGAUGUUAACGAUAAUGCGCCGGUGAUAACAGUGAAAUCUCUUAUUAACCCCAUUCCAGAGAACAUAGCUGUCAGUUCAGAAGUCGGAAUAAUUAAUGUCAAGGACCAGGACUCUGGUGAAAACAGCAGAAUAAGCUGUUCUAUCCACAUUAAUUUACCAUUCAAAUUACAACCAUCUAUCAAGAACUAUUUCACCUUAAUUACUACAGCAUCACUGGAUCGCGAGCAAGUCGCAGAGUACAAUGUUACAAUAACAGCAUCUGAUGGAGGUACACCUUCUCUGUCCUCAACUGCGAGCUUGAAUAUCAAAAUAGCAGAUAUAAAUGAUAACUUUCCAGUAUUUGAGCAGCAAUCGUACAGCGCAUAUGUGGCAGAGAAUAACAAACCAGGAAUUUCUAUUAGUUCUGUUACUGCAAGAGACCCAGACUGGAGGCAGAACGGUACAGUACUGUAUUCUCUGGUGUCCAGUGAGAUAAACGCUCUUCCAGUGACCUCAUUUUUAUCCAUUAACUCAGAUACAGGAGUGAUCCAGGCUGUGAGGUCAUUUGACUACGAAAAGUUCAGAAACUUUAAAGUCCAGGUUGUAGCCAGAGACAGCGGUUCUCCUCCACUCAGCAGCAACGUGACUGUGAGUGUGUUCAUAUCAGAUGAGAAUGAUAACUGUCCACAGAUAUUAUACCCUGCUCCAAAGGGAAAGUCUUUAAUGACUGAGAUGGUCCCUAAAGCUGCUCUCUCUGGCUCUCUGGUCUCCAAAGUGAUCGCUGUGGAUGCUGACUCUGGACAGAACGCGUGGCUGUCGUAUCAGAUAGUCAAAUCUACCGAUCCGGGACUUUUCUCUAUCGGUCUCCAUAAUGGAGAGAUCAGGGCUCAGAGGGACAUCACUGAAUCUGACAGCAUGAAACAGAACCUUGUCAUCUCGGUGAAAGAUAACGGACAGCCGCCUCUCUCUGCUACCUGUUCUGUGUAUUUACUUAUUUCUGAUAAUCUUGCUGAAGUUCCUGAACUUAAAGACAUGACUUAUGAGGAGAACAAUUCCAAACUGACUUUUUAUCUGAUCAUCGCACUAGUUUCCGUGUCCACUUUCUUCCUGACUUUCAUUAUUCUGAUCGUGGCUGUGAGGUUUUGCCACAGGAGAAAGCCCAGAAUGUUGUUUGAUGGAGCGGUCGCCAUUCCCAGCGCGUAUCUCCCUCCUAACUAUGCAGAGGUGGAAGGAGCUGGAACUCUCCGCAGUUCUUACAAUUAUGACACGUAUCUAACGACAGGGUCACGUACCAGUGACUUCAAGUUCAUCACGUCUUACAAUGACAGCACUCUUGCUGCGGGUGGAACUCUGAAAAAAAGUCCAGAUGAUUCCAAUAUGAUCAAUCUUUCAGAUGCAGGAGAAUCACUUGAGAUUAUGGAAUACCCUGGAUGUUUUGCGUGGUGUUUUUUGUUCGGAAUAACGUCUGUUUUACUUUCGCUGCCGACAUCAAAAGGAGAUAUCAGUUAUUCUUCUUCAGAAGAGAGAAAGAUCGGGUCUGUGAUUGGGAAUCUGGCAAAGAACCUUGGGAUAAAUGCUAAAACAAUGGCUUUGCGUAAAGCGCGUUUGGAUGUGGAGGGUGACAGCAAACGCUAUUGUGACAUAGACAUAAAUACUGGAGAUUUGACCGUAGCUGACAGAAUUGACAGAGAGCAACUUUGUGGAUUCACCGCUGUGUGUGUGUUGAAAUACGAAGUAAUUCUAGAAAACCCUUUGGAAUUACACCGCGUGGCUGUAGAAAUUACUGAUAUUAACGAUAACGCACCGGUUUUCACAAAGGACGUCGUUAAAUUAGAGAUCAGAGAACAAGCACACAAAGGAGCUCGCUAUGCCAUUAAUGAAGCGCACGAUGCGGAUAUAGGCGUGAAUGCCGUACAGACCUACAAACUGCAGGAUAAUCCUUAUUUCUCGUUUGUUUUUCAUAAUAACCCGGACCAAGAAAAAUACGGGGAGAUAAUUUUAGAGAAGGAGUUGGACCGUGAACAGGAACACGAGGUGAGGUUAUUGCUUACUGCUCUGGAUGGAGGCAAUCCGCCUAAAUCUGCCUCUGUAUUAAUACAUGUUACAGUCCUCGACGCCAAUGAUAAUUCUCCAGUGUUUAGUCAGCAAGUUUAUAAAGUGAGUCUGCGGGAAGAUUCUCCUGUUGGCACGACAAUAACUACAGUUACGGCCACGGACGCUGAUGAAGGUGCUAAUGGUCAGGUAAUUUACGAAUUUGGACAUAUCUCUAACGAUAUGCUUAAAUUGUUUACGCUAGAGUCUGAAACGGGUCAUUUAGUUUUGAUCGGCGCCGUUGAUUAUGAAAAACAAACGACGUAUGAAAUACGGAUUCAAGGUAAAGAUGGUUCUGGGCUGUCUUCUUUUGCGAAGGUGGUAAUUGAUAUAGAAGACGUUAAUGACAAUGCACCCACAAUACACCUAAAAUCGUUGAAUAAUCCGAUUCCUGAAAGCGCACCACCUGAAACAGAAGUAGGCAUAAUUAAUGUGCAAGAUAAAGACUCGGAGAAAAAUCGACAAAUUCGGUGUAGUAUUCAAGGAAAUGUUCCUUUCGUUUUAAAACCUUCUAUCAAAAACUAUUUUUCCAUUGUAACAUCUGGCGUGCUCGAUCGUGAAUUUACAUCAGAAUACAACAUUACUUUUAUUGCGGUGGAUGAAGGCUCUCCCCCCUUAUCCUCUUCUAAGACAGUUCAAUUGUCGAUAUCAGAUGUAAAUGAUAACGCACCUGUAUUUGAACAGCAAUCCUACACUGCAUAUGUAGUUGAAAAUAACAAACCAGGAACUUCUAUUAGUUCUGUUACUGCAAGAGACCCAGACUGGAGGCAGAACGGUACAGUACUGUAUUCUCUGGUGUCCAGUGAGAUAAACGCUCUUCCAGUGACCUCAUUUUUAUCCAUUAACUCAGAUACAGGAGUGAUCCAGGCUGUGAGGUCAUUUGACUAUGAAAAAUUCAGAAACUUUAAAGUCCAGGUUGUAGCCAGAGACAACGGUUCUCCUCCACUCAGCAGCAACGUGACUGUGAGUGUGUUCAUAUCAGAUGAGAAUGAUAACUCUCCACAGAUAUUAUACCCUGCUCCAGAGGGAAAGUCUUUAAUGACUGAGAUGGUCCCUAAAGCUGCUCUCUCUGGCUCUCUGGUCUCCAAAGUGAUCGCUGUGGAUGCUGACUCUGGACAGAACGCGUGGCUGUCGUAUCAGAUAGUCAAAUCUACCGAUCCGGGACUUUUCACUAUCGGUCUCCAUAGUGGAGAGAUCAGGGCUCAGAGGGACAUCACUGAAUCUGACAGCAUGAAACAGAACCUUGUCAUCUCUGUGAAAGAUAACGGACAGCCGCCUCUCUCUGCUACCUGUUCUGUGUAUUUACUUAUUUCUGAUAAUCUUGCUGAAGUCCCUGAACUUAAAGACAUGACUUAUGAGGAGAACAAUUCGAAACUGACUUUUUACCUGAUCAUCGCGCUAGUUUCUGUGUCCACCUUCUUCCUGACUUUCAUUAUUCUGAUCGUGGCUGUGAGGUUUUGCCACAGGAGAAAGCCCAGACUGUUGUUUGAUGGAGCGGUCGCCAUUCCCAGCACAUAUCUCCCUCCUAACUAUGCAGAGGUGGAGGGAGCUGGAACUCUCCGCAGUUCUUACAAUUAUGACACGUAUCUAACGACAGGAUCACGUACCAGUGACUUCAAGUUCAUCACGUCUUACAAUGACAGCACUCUGACUGCUGGUGGAACUCUGAAAAAAAUUCAAAGCGAAGUUUUAGGUGCAAGUCUAAUUACACUUAACAACACAUGUGAAGAAGGAGAUGAGCAAAAACCACCCAAUAACGACUGGCGCUUACCACCGAACCAGAGGCCUGGACCGAGCGGCCAACACAGGUUCCACACCCUGCAGCAGAGAUGGGCUCCGUACGAGAAGUCCAGAGCCGGACCUCGUCCUGAUGAAGCCGGAGCCGGUGCAGUAGUGGGAACUGGACCAUGGCCGAACCCCCCCACCGAGGCUGAACAGCUCCAGGCUCUGAUGGCUGCUGCGAACGAAGUGAGUGAAGCCACGGCGACACUCGGCCCUCGCUACAACGCUCAGUACGUCGCAGACUACCGGCAGAACGUUUACAUACCGGGCAGCACCGCUACACUGACGGCUAACCCUCAGCAACAGAUGCCUCAACAGGCUCUGCCUCCUCCUCAGGCCCCGCCCCAGGCCGCGCCCGCCGUCGACGUCCCUAAAGCCGCCCCAACCCCGGCCAGCAAGAAGAAGGUCACCAAGAAGGACAAGAAGUAAGAGUCAGACAGCGUCAGAUUAGAUGAAACGAGACUAAAUAGAUUAGAUUAGCAGAUCCGAUCUAAGCAUCUCUCUUCUGCGCAUGUUAAACUACAAUAUUUAAUCAUCAUACAUUUAUUUAGUGCCGAAACUAAAUUUGCAUUCCGUUUGUUUUAGCAAGAAAUUCCCAGCUGUUUUUUUUUUCCUGUGGUAGAUUUUGUACUCUAAUAUAAAAAAAAAAGGGAACAGGAAGAAGAAUAUCUCCUAACAUAUUGUUCGCUCGCACUGCUGAAAAAUACACGUGGUUUCGUCACGUUCCUAUUUCUUUUCUCUUCUUUCUAAUAUGAAACGUGUGCUGUAUGUUUUUAUUUUUGAAGAAUGUGCCAUAACCCUGGAUUUAAAAAAAAAAAAUAUUCUUGCAUGAUCCACUUUGGAACCAUAGUAUUGAAAACUAUGCAGUGUGGUAAAAGUAUGAAGUUAAAUGUAUUUAAGGGUCACAGAAAUAACACCAGCAAAUCAAAUCAAAGGUUUGCUGGUGAAUGGAGCUGUUUGUAUUGUAGGGCAAAAAAAAAAAAAAACAAUAAUAAGAAAAACGUAAGAUUGGAUUUAAUCUCGAUUAAGUAGUUUAGUGCUACUAAAAUAAACGAUGCUAGCUUAACGAUUAUAUAACGAUGUAUAACGUUAUUAUUUAAACACCCACCAACUCGCUAUAUAGCCGUAUAUCACUCCUGUAUCACUAAAUGAGGUGUUUUUUUUCUGAUAUAAUGGAUGUUUUGGUGUGUGUUAGCGCGUUUCGGUUCAGCAUGAUCACCCCAGGUUCUGAUUAUGGGAAGAAAAUCCUGGGACGAAUAAAUAAUUCUCACUGCAUUGAUGGAAAUAUGAAGGAAAUAUUUAACCUGGCCGUUCAACAUUGCCAAUUUGAUUCUGUGACGAUUCCUGUAAAUAUUUAGUUUCUUUUCCGAUUGGACUUUAAUACUCUCCUAAUCCAUCCUGUACAAUCCGACCUCGUCACCGCCGUGUAAAUACGACACGUCUCACGUCUGUACGAUAAACUAGAGCCGCGGACAUCGGACUAGCACAGGAACGUUUCAGUAUUUUUUAGAAAAGAAAAACAAAAAAAUAAAAGAAAAAUAAAAAAAAAAACGCACAACAAAAAGCCGAAAAAAAUAAAGUGUAGUGCUUUAGAUACGAAAAAGCUUCAAACUCACUUACUAACCAAACUGUAAAUACAAUCUAUAAAGAAACCGCAAUCGUAGUUUAGACCUUGUGGGAAAAAAUGUGCAUAUUUUUGUGUUUUUCUCUUUCUCUUUAUUUCUUCCAAGCUAAAAAAAAAAAAAAAGAAAAAAAAGAAAAGACAAGGUGAUGUGUUUGUAGAGUGCCCUUCCAUGACCUCUCUCUCUCUCUCUCUCUCUCUCUCUCUCUCUCUCUCUCUCUCUCUCUCUCUCUCUCUAGUCUUCUGUGUGUUAAUUACAGUAAGCUGUUAAUGCUACACGAAUGGCUAUUACUGUCUGUUCAACUGCAAAUAUAUAGAAAAUCUAAAUGUCUGUCUGCUGCUUGAAUACCUUCCUGUAUUCAACCGUGAUAACUUGCUUUAUUUUUUUCUUUUCUAACCUCUUAGCGCUUCAUGUCCUGCUUUUAUUUUAUAUGCAGAUAUUUAUAUAGCUCUUGAUUUGGUUUAUGUUCUUGUUUAUUAAUGGGACACUUACAUUUCAAAUAAAAGUUUGUCAGAACUCACCAGCC